GUCCCUAGCCCUGUCGGCCAUUGAAAAUUGAAAAUUCAGAAAAUGAAAAUUUUCUUUCGGUGCGACGUGUUUUUUAUGAAUUUAUAACAUUUACCUAGGUUAAUCGUGACAUAAUGUAUGUGAAAUGUUUUAAAGUGAAAGGCUGCAUGUUUCAAUAACGUUUAUAUAAUAAUAAAUUGAGAAGGAAGUUGAAAUCUUUCCCGGUGGAAACUAACAUUAAGAUAAUUUUUACCAUUGUAUUGAAAUCAUUAUGGCUAAAGUAGAGCAGCCUAUAUUUAUUUUACCGAAAAAACGAAACGGAAAAAAACAGAAUGCCGUUGCGGGCCAUGUUGAUCAUAUAAUAACUGUUCAGGGAGCUGAUACUGAAUUGCCCACAAAAUAUAAAAAUGGCUUGUCACCAGUAACUGAACAUGUUGUCAACGGCAUCAUACAUUCUACCAUGGAUGGACUAAAAUCUAAUAUGAAAAUUAAUCUUCCCAUUAUCAAUGACGUAAAUGAUGAAGAUUUGAUUGAUACAAAUAUUCUUGUUGAUGCACAACACAAAUUGCAGAAAAAUGGUUACCAAGCACUUUCUACUAUUCACAACAGUCGUGAAAUUAUAGAUUUGUCUCCGAUUUAUGAGAAUUCUUCGGAUGCCUGUUCCAGCCUUGGUGACUUGAGAGACACUAUAGAUAUAGACACCCAAAGAGGCUGCAGAAUACUAAACUCUGACAAUAAUGAAAGUUCUUGUGCAACUCCGAAUAGUAUGUCACAAACUCAGUCUGAAAACAGCUUUGAAAUGGGACCGCUCACUGAUAGUCUUAAAAAUAGUGCAAAAAGGAAAAAGCGUGUUAAUAUUGUACCAGGCGUAAUUGAUUCAGAAAAUCCUGAUACUGAAAUAACAACUUUAAGAGUUGAGUCAGAGGGUUCAAUUUCACCUUCAUCAUUAACUGACAACUCAAGAGAUGGAUACCUGACAAUGACUGGAACAAUCAAGCGAGGUAAGAAGAAAGGACAAAAUGUGGAUGUGAAAUUGAAUAUAUCAAGGGAGGAAUUGGAAAUAAUUGAAGCUGCUAUAGUUGCUGAAGAGUACAAUAAAAUGGAUGUAUCUAAAUGCUCCCUAUAUAAUGGGCCACAUAUCUUCAUAUUCAGUCUUCUCUGUAUUCCAUUUGUUACUUUAAUAUCUGCCGCUUAUUCAUUUUACAUUGGCACUUUAGCCUGGUACAAUAUAUUCACUCAUGUUACAGAAAACUUUAGUUGGAUCAAAAAGGCGAUAUUUGCACCCAUGGUAAUUCUGUCAUAUCCAUUUUUGAUUGUUGUGUUCACUAUUGGUGUAGGAUUGUACGCUGGCAUUGUACAACUCACAUUCAGCGGAGCAAAUUGGUGGAAAGAUGUAUGUGAUUUUGAGAAGGGCUUCUAUGGUUGGCUCUGCAACUUUUUAGGCAUGUCAGAAUGCAGUCCCUAUGAAGUUGUAGUUUUAAUGGAUGUAAAACCAUCCUAAAAUAAACUGCAAAAGAUUUUAGGCAUAGGCAAGCAUUUAGGCAAUUUGCCGUCACUGCCAUAUUGCCAAAUUAUUUUUCACAAAAAAGACAUGAUCAUAUCUUUUAAGUAUUCUUUAGAAAUAUCAAAUUAGUCAUAUCUAGUCAUCAUAUUACUUUAUAUUUUUAUUAAUUUAUUAUAUUACUUUUACAUUCGUAAUUUUUAUAAAAGUUUAAAGAUGUAGACAUAUUGGUGAUAAAAUGAAAUGAUGGGGAACAAUUGGAGAGUGUCAAAAAUGGUAGAGAAAUAAGUUAACAUCAGAAUGGUGUGAAAAUAUCUUCCGUUGCUCAAUUUCUUCCAUUUUUACUUUUAUAAUCAGAAAAGAAUUUUGAUAAUUAUUUUCUAGUAGUCAUAAGUUUAUUAUUAAGAAA